AUGUUCUCAAUGGACUGGGGGCUACCUCUCCGCCGGGGUCCAGGCGGUCCGAACUGGUCGGGACCUCCGCCGGACCUCGGUGGGGGAGCUCACUCAAGAGGAGAGAGCUGUCGAACACCAGGCUCUGCAAAUGAGCAUGGCCAACAUAGUCGAGCUCUUCCAGCGAUAUGCAGCUCGGGACGCUCAGAUCCGGGGCUGAACAAUGCCUCCAGCCGGCCGGCAGCCCAGCUCCUGAGGCUGGGCUUCCCGAGGCUGGGGAGACUGAGGGAGGAGAAGAAGAAUGAGGCCAAGGCAAUCCAGAAGAUGAAGUGA